AUGAAACUCAUGCUUCAAAAUAUAGGGUGGCAAGAUGAGAAGAGUCUAAAGUUGAGGGGGGUGAUUUUUAUACGUACUGCAAAGUUUCCAAUCAGCGAAGAUCUUUUUAGAGCCAAGCGACGGCUACGUGUCACCACUAUUCAACCCCAUGAAAUUUGGUUCGAAUCCAUUUGGACCGCUCCAUUUUCCGUUUCGGUUUUAGUCCAACUCACCUUCCACGUCACCACACAACCUGUCCACCUACAUCACAGAUCGGACGUGUAUCCCCAUGAACCUAAACUUUGUCCACGGAAUUCGAUUCGUUUAGCACUUGUUUUACGGGAUAAAUAG